CUGGAAUCACACAUUAAAUAACGUUGCACCACUUUAUGGCAAAGUUUUUUUUGUCUAACUGUUAGUUUUGUUCGCGGUAUCACAGAUCAUUGCCCAUAUUUAAUUUAACUUUACAUCUGUUCAUGAAAAUUUCAGGAAUGCAGGCGGUGCAGAUGGCAAAGGGCGGGUUAAAAGGCAUCUACCUGAGCGGUUGGCAGGUCGCAGCCGAUGCAAACUUGGCUGCACAAACAUUCCCGGAUCAAAGUUUAUACCCAGCCGACUCCGCUCCGAAGUUGGUCGAGAGAAUCAACAAUGCUUUCCAGAGAGCAGAUCAGAUCCAGCACAUGGAAGGAGGCUAUCCUAAAAUGGAUUAUUUUCUCCCAAUUGUUGCCGACUGCGAAGCUGGAUUUGGUGGGCCUUUGAACGCUUUUGAAAUCGUUAAAAAUAUGGUAAGUAUAGAGCUGGUUUUUCACUCGUGAAUUCCUUCGUGAGCCUCACGAAAAACCAGCUCUAAAGUAUCGAAUACUUUUAUUUGUCAAGCCUGUUUUCCGCUUCAAUCGUAACGUGGCGUUUUCUGUCGAUAGCUUCACCAUCUUGUCUGGAUCAGUACUCAGUAGGGGUUUUCUUCUCUAACGCUUUGAAAUAAACAGACGUGCAGAAAUACAUAAAAACCAAACAGCAGGGUUAGUGCUAAUCCAGCUUUGAACAACCGGCCUCAGAUCAUUUUUUUCAAGCCUCAUAAAAUUGACCUUUGAUUUGUGUAACCCAGAUUAGACUUUCGUAUUUAUAAGUUAAAGUUUCUUUUUAUUGACUUUCAAAAAAAAUAAUUGACAUUCAAACUGCCGGUUAAGGUACUCAGUAUUUUGUCAGCGACAAAUAUGGGAAAAUAUCAGUAGGACAUUAGUGAAAUUAACCCCGUUUAAUUUAAACCCAUGAGCAAAGCAACAAUUUAGCGCUUAGUUUUUAAACUUGUUUUCUAAAAUAUUUUUCACUCUUCGUGUAGAUCAAGGCUGGUGCCUCGGGCAUUCAUCUGGAAGACCAACUGGCCUCGGAGAAGAAGUGUGGUCACAUGGGCGGCAAGGUCCUGGUACCCACUCAACAAUUUAUCCGACUUUUGAACGCCGCGCGAUUAGCUGCUGACGUCAUGGGCGUGACGACCGUUAUUGUUGGCCGUACCGAUGCCAACUCGGCCGGGUUAGUGACGUCGGAUAUUGAUCCUCGGGAUAAACCUUUCCUAACAGGAGAACGAACCCCUGAAGGCUUUUUCCGCAGUCGUGCCGGGUUAGAUCAAGCCAUCGCGCGAGCCUUGGCUUACGCACCCUAUUGUGACGUCCUCUGGUGCGAAACAAGCAAACCGAACAUAGAGGAAGCACGAAGAUUUGCUCAAGCUGUCCACGCUAGAUUCCCUGGGAAGCCGCUCGCGUACAACUGUUCCCCCUCGUUCAACUGGAAGGCUAACCUCAACGACCGCGAAAUCGCUGUAUUUCAAAAAGAACUGGGACGACUUGGUUACCGAUUCCAAUUCGUAACGUUGGCUGGUUUUCACUCUCUAAAUCAUGCCAUGUUCAAGUUAGCUCGUGAUUACAGAGACAAUGGCAUGACGGCGUAUACGAAAAUACAAGAAGACGAAUUCAAUCAAGCGAAGUUUGGUUUCACGGCGCACAAACAUCAACGUGAAGUCGGAGUGUCGUAUUACGAUGCCAUAGCUAUGGCGGUGAGCGGUGGAAACAGUUCAGUGACCGCUUUUAAGGGUUCGACUGAAGACGAACAAUUUAAGCAUAAAUUGUAA